UCUCCCGCCCGUGGCGGGGCUGCGUCUACUGCGGAGGGUGCGGGAGGCUGCGGCGGCCGUGGCCGGGGUCCGGGCCGGGAGGCUGAGGCUGGCACGGCGGGCGCUGGGGGCGCUGCCCCCGAGGCGAUGAUGGGCAAGGAGGAGGAGAUAGCGCGGAUCGCCCGGAGGCUGGACAAGAUGGUGACCAAGAAGAGCGCGGAGGGAGCCAUGGACCUGCUGCGGGAGCUGAAGGCCAUGCCUGUCACACUGCAUCUGCUGCAGUCCACCCGUGUUGGCAUGUCCGUCAAUGCCCUGCGGAAGCAGAGCUCGGACGAGGAGGUCGUCACACUAGCCAAGUCCCUCAUCAAGUCCUGGAAGAAGCUCCUGGAUGCUUCAGACGCCAAAGCCAGGGAGCGGAGGAGGGGCGGGUCUCUGCCCACGUCGUCCUCCAAGGAGGCCUCCGAGGCCCAGGACCCCAGCCGCAAGAGGCCAGAACUGCCCAGGACACCCUCAACACCAAGGAUCACCACGUUUCCCCCGGUGCCAGUCACCUGUGACGCUGUGCGAACCAAGUGUCGUGAGAUGCUGACUGCUGCCCUGCAGACAGACCAUGACCAUGUGGCCAUUGGUGCAGACUGCGAGUGCCUGGCGGGUCAGAUCGAAGAAUGUAUCUUCCGGGACGUGGGAAACACAGACAUGAAGUACAAGAACCGCGUGCGGAGCCGCCUCUCCAACCUCAAGGAUGCCAAGAACCCCGGCCUGCGGCGCAAUGUGCUGUGUGGUGCCAUCACGCCCCAGCAGAUUGCUGUCAUGACCUCAGAGGACAUGGCUAGCGAUGAGCUGAAGGAGAUCCGCAAGGCCAUGACCAAGGAGGCCAUCCGCGAGCACCAGAUGGCACGCACGGGUGGCACACAGACGGACCUGUUUACCUGCGGCAAGUGCAGAAAGAAGAACUGCACCUACACACAGGUGCAGACCCGCAGCUCUGAUGAGCCCAUGACCACCUUCGUUGUCUGCAACGAGUGUGGGAACCGCUGGAAGUUCUGCUGAGCCCUUGUGCACGUGUGCCUGCAGCCUUGGGCCGUGGCCUCUGCUGGCCAGUGCCCUUUCCCCAUCCUCUGCCGACAGAUAACAGACACAGCUUCUUGGAAACCUGCCCUCAGAAGGCAGCACACCCUGCCCCUGUCCUACCUGCAGCACACCUUUCCCCUCAAAUCAUUAAAUGUUUCUUUUUGCCA